UGUAAAGAUCCGCGAUGGGACGCACGCUGUGGGCAAACCCACAGUAGUCGCGCACAACUUCGUACGAGGACUGGUUUUCUACAUAGAAACUGCUGUCAAACAUUGAAAUUUCUUUGUUAAAAUGCCAGUCAUAAAAGCAGCUAAAUUUAGCAACGUUUUCUGCAAUCAGAGGAGUAUUUUGACACCUUAAGAAGGUAACCACACAGGCCACGGACAGGAUUCGAUCUUUUUGACAGCUACUCUGGAAUAAAGCCUUCGAGAAGCGUGUUUAGAUCUUGAAGCUCGUUAUUUUCAUUCAUCAAGAUGCCGUCAGAAUCAGUCAUUCUCCCAGCCAUCAAUUCCAUCCCAGCUCAGCUCAAAGGGAAAGACUUCCUGGCUGCUUCCCACUUCCGUAUUGGUAAUGAUAAGCGUCUUUCGCGUAGCGCCUUAAGGCGCAGCACUUUCACGAAGGACUAUGUCGCACAUGAACAUUACGGCAGAGAAGCUGCCUCAGAUCCACCACCACCUGCUGAUGUCAUGCACCGUGAUCCCUAUGAAGGGAGUCAGACAACAACCGAGUCCAACGCAGCAUUUACAGGUCGCACUUUACCUAAGGUGCCAAUGUGUCUAAAGCUCAAUAAGACUAACUUCAAGAUGGAUUCAGACAACAGAGUUGAUUCUUUUCACACCACACAUGCUAGUCAUUACUACCCUAAGCCCUUAAGCAUGAGCUUCCCCUUGGAUAAUGCUAUGAAGAGCUACGUACCCCAAGGUGAUAAAGACAAAGAGAAGAUGCCACAGUCUGAUUACAGAGAUAACUUCUUGGGUCACGAUACUAGAGUGGUGAAGGUAGAGAGAGCGCCAUGUAUGCAUGACGGUGGCCAAAGUACAAUUCGUGGAGAAGACAGAACCCAUAAGCAAUUUGCUACUUCAACAGGAGAGCAGUUCCUUGGUAGAUACCUGCCGUAUGUUCCCGUCAAACCAGAUCUCUUAGGCUCCAAUAUUCCAAAAGGUGACCAGGAGAAACUUGUUCAUCAAGAUACCACUCAGCUUCUGUCAUACCCUAAGCCUGGCACAGCCAAUUAUCGCGUCUACAGACGUGACCAGGCUCUUACUAGGCUAGGUGACACUAACUACAAGGCUGGACAUGCAAAGAAGUAUGACAAGUUUGAGACUACAGCUGCGCAAUCGUUCCAGUUGGAUCAAAUGCCAGCCUUGACAGAGAAAAUCCCUUACGACAGCAAUGCCAGCAGUUUCCCAGAAGGUGAUCGGGACCCUCAAAGAGUAAAAGCCAGAGUGACUACCACCAAUUACACAUUCUACCACAAACAGCCACCUGGGAGUUUCCGUAAUGACAUCAUCAAAGGAGCCAACAAACUUACAGCCAGUCGGGUAGCAUUUGGAGUACCCAGUCAAUGCUCUGCAUAUUACUCCACGACUCAGACAGACGACUAUAAAACAUUCCAUAUACCGGUACAACGUGUUGCAGGACAUGGGACGAUCCAGAGUCAAGUGCCUCUGGAUUACUAUGGAAAUGGUAAAGAGGUGAAUACAUCGACUACAAAAGAUGACUUUCCAUCUUGGCGAGAUGUGCCAUUACACGAAGUUAGCAAGGAGGCACUUGCUAAGUUGCGUCGAUCAAACAUCACUCCGCCUCUUCAUGCCGAUCGUGAGUUUAAUACUACUCACUUGACUUCCUACACAGCAAAGAGGGUUGAUCGAUACCAGUACGACAGUGGAAAAUUACAAAGAAGUUCAGUGCCUCUUGGAACUAUGACAAUAUGAGGAGCCAAAAGUUAACAUCUACACAAAUAUAUUUUAGGAAAUAACUGUGAACAUAAUUAUUUUGUGUGCAUGUCUUAUUUAAACAUGGUUUGCAAAGCAUGUAAUAAGCUCCCAGUUCUUUUAACCUUGUAUAGUCGUUAUUUUACAGUAGAAUAUGGAUCACGAACAAAUCUUUAUUCCUUUUUGUGACUUAGGUGGGCAAAAUUUGAUUCCUUUUCACAACUGAAGUGUUUGUAACAUUUCCUUUUACUUUUUUUGCAUGAUUUUGAUAAAGCAGACAGGGAUUAGAAAAAGCGUAUUACUUUGAAUCCUACAGAAAUUUGAAAUAUCUUUGACAGUCCUAAAGCUGCAUGCUUGGGUCCUGAUUAAGAGAGUUUAGAAUUAUUUCUUUUCUUUUUCAUCAAAAGUCGAGCAUGUCCGAGACAUAGGUCAAUGCUUUAUUUCAAGUCCAUGUGGACACGUAAUUCGUACAAAGACAGAACAUUUCCAGCUGCAUAAAAAGUGCGCUACAGGGCUUGCGGUUCUGAACUAUUAAAGCUUGAUCUAAAGUUUGUUUUGUUCAACAUUAUAUCCAUUUCUGAUGAACACCAGCAU